CAUUGGGGCCCACAUACGGGACCAAAAGCAGUAAAAAUUGUGGAAGUAGGCCCCCGAGAUGGUCUACAGAAUGAAAAACAAUUCGUACCUACAGAAAACAAAAUCGAAUUUAUCAAUAAACUGUCCCAGACCGGCUUGAAGGUGAUAGAAGCAACGUCAUUUGUGUCCCCGAAAUUAGUGCCACAGAUGUCAGAUGCUGUUGAAGUUAUGACAAAAAUUACACGCAAACCAGGCGUGGAUUAUCCCGUCUUAGUACCUAACCUUACGGGAUUGAAAAAAGCUAUAUCAUCGGAUGUAAAAGAAAUAGCAAUAUUCGCUUCUGCUUCUGAGACAUUCAGCAAAAAGAAUAUUAAUUGUACAAUAAAUGAAAGUUUGGAACGAUUUCAAGAUGUUGUAGAUAUAGCCAAUGCUGAAAGAAUUGCUAUCAGAGGAUAUGUUUCUUGCGUUCUUGGAUGUCCUUAUGAAGGAGAGAUUUCUCCCAUUGCAGUUGCUACAAUCGCUGAGAAAUUGUACAAAAUGGGUUGUUAUGAGAUUUCUCUAGGCGAUACGAUUGGCGUUGGCACUCCUGGUUCGUUAUCGAGGAUGUUAAAAGCUGUAUGUCAGGUUUUGCCAACGGAACGUAUAGCGAUGCACUGUCACGAUACUUAUGGUCAAGCCCUUGCCAAUAUAUACCACGCACUAACGUCAGGAAUAAGGGUCUUUGACAGUUCUGCUGCAGGUCUAGGAGCAACCGGUAAUGUUGCUACAGAAGAUGUGGUGUAUAUGCUUCAUGGAAUGGGUUAUGAAACAGGUAUCGACUUAUCGGAGCUAGUGCGAGUUGGGAAUUAUAUAUCCCAGCAAUUAGGUCGUCCUAAUGGAUCUAAAGCAGCUGCAGCUUUGAGUUUAAAAUUGCAACAGAAUUGA